AUGCUAUCAAUAAUAAAUUACAACGUCGAAGGCCUCAUAAAAUGGAACGUCACAGAUCUCACAGGCGAAGAGUUGUUUAUAGAAAAUGUAGAAAGAGACGGAAAUAUGACCGAAUACCGUGUCACAGAUGAAACACGUAACGUAGCAUGCAAUGUAACGAAUGGUGAAGUCUGCAAGGAGUAUGACGCUUUCGAAGCAGCUAUUGUUUUCAUUCUGUGUGGAUUGAUAGUUAUUACUGUGAUAGGUAAUACUCUAAUAAUAUCAGCUGUUUUGACCACCAAGAGACUUAGGACAGUCACAAAUUGCUUCGUGACAAGUUUGGCGAUAGCUGAUCUACUUGUUGGAAUCUUUGUGAUGCCGCCGGCAAUUGCAGUACAUAUCAGGGGUAAAUGGGAACUUGGCUGGAUCCUCUGUGAUAUAUGGAUAAGCCUGGACAUUCUGCUGUGCACGGCUUCCAUUCUUUCACUGUGCGCAAUCAGCAUAGACAGAUACUUGGCUGUCACACGUCCCCUGACCUAUUCCAGGAGACGAAGGUCCAAGAAAUUGGCGUUGACCAUGAUCCUGUUCGUGUGGAUAGCGGCUGGCGCGAUUACUUGCCCGCCUAUGCUUGGCUGGUACGAACCAGACCACAACCAAGGCGGUGUGUGCAGGUACAAUCAGAACGCGGGCUAUGUCGUCUUCUCCGCCAUGGGCUCAUUCUUCCUGCCUAUGAUCGUCAUGGUGUACGUUUACGCCAGGAUAUCAUGUGUCGUCGCCAGACGUCACCAACAGUUGGCAAGUACAGCUAAUAAGUGUACUAAGAAAGGCCAUUUGUCUUGUAUACGGACGGAAUCCGAUUCGGGUUCCGACAAAUUAUCACUGCGGCAAAGUGCAUCCAAGCAAACUUCGAAGGCGUCGAAGCACAGUGAUUCCACUGAACACAGGUGUCCAUGUUGCUUUCGCACAGAAAAGAGACAAAAGUACAAGAAAGACAAGGAGAGAGAAUCCAAGUUCUCGAACGAGUUCAAAGCGAAUUAUAAGUACAGGAGCUCAAGGCGUACUCACUCGAUUCGAGAUCACGAGAACAAUCGUGUGUCCUCGCUUCGAAGGGAGACGAAAACCGCACAAACUUUGAGUCUCGUGGUAGGGGGCUUUGUGGCUUGCUGGCUCCCUUUCUUCUUGUAUUACUUGAUGACGCCGUUCAUACCCAGUGAUUAUGUUUACCCAGUGCUAAUGUGUAUAUUGACUUGGCUAGGCUGGUUUAAUUCCGCGAUAAAUCCGUUCAUUUACGCGUUCUAUUCGCCCGAUUUUAGAUUAGCGUUUUGGAGGCUCACUAUUAAGAAAUGUAAGAGGAAUAAGCAUUAA